AUGGCUAAAGAUAAUGAAUCCCUGACAACAGACUUCAUCCUCACAGGGUUCAUGGGUCAUCCAGAGCUAAAGACCCUUAUGUUUGUUGUGUUCUUUAUCAUCUAUCUGAUAACCAUGGUGGGAAAUCUUGGUUUAGUGGCAUUGAUUGUCAUGGAGCGUCGUCUUCAUACACCAAUGUACAUCUUUCUGGGCAACCUGGCUCUUAUGGAUUCCUGCUGUUCCAGUGCCAUUACACCCAAGAUGCUAGAGAACUUCUUUUCUGAAGACAGAUUGAUUUCCCUUUACGAAUGCAUGGCACAAUUUUAUUUUCUCUGCCUUGCUGAAACUACAGACUGCUUUCUCCUGGCAGCAAUGGCCUAUGAUCGCUAUGUGGCAAUAUGCCGUCCACUGCAAUACCACACCACGAUGUCGAAGAAACUCUGCAUACAGAUGACCAUAGCAGCAUGCAUAGCUGGGAGUCUGCAUUCCAUGAUUCAUGUAUUUCUUUUGUUAAGAUUAACUUUCUGUGGCUCUCAUCAAAUAGACCACUUUUUCUGUGAUAUUCUUCCAUUGUACAGACUGUCUUGUGCUGACCCCUUUUUAAAUGAGUUAAUGAUAUAUAUUUUCUCAAUGCCUAUUCAAAUCUUCACCAUUGCCACCGUCUUAAUCUCUUAUCUUUGCAUCUUGUUUACAAUUGCCAGAAUGAAAUCCAGAGAGGGGAGAGGUAAAGCCUUUUCCACCUGUGCAUCUCACUUUUUCUCUGUCUCGAUAUUCUACAUCUGUCUUCUCAUGUAUAUUCGACCAUUUGAAGAAGGGGAUAAAGAUAUACCAGUGGCAAUAUUUUAUACAAUAAUAAUUCCUUUACUAAAUCCCUUUAUUUAUAGCUUGAGAAAUAAGGAGGUUAUAAAUGUUCUCAAAAAAAUCACAAAGAACUCUGGAAAACACACUAAAGGAAUGAUCACUGGUCAUGUAGUCUAG